UUCCUCUUAUAUAACACCUACUAUCUCAAAACAGAGUAUCUAAGCCACGAACAGAGUUUUCUCCAUCUCUUUCGUGUCAUAAUGAGUAGCGGGUACCAAUGUGUGAGAUUGCCGGCGUAUCCUCUCGACACAGGGAUUCACGGCCGGCGACUUCCAUCGGAAAUCGUAUUCAGUUCGAUAGCGUCUAGGACUUGGUCUAAAUGUGGUGGAAAUCUGAGGAUUAGCAUGAGAGACAGGAGCAAAAAUCGAAAACCCUUGCAGAAGGGGAGAAACCUCAGUAUUGAAGCCAUUCAAGCUGUUCAGGCACUGAAGCGGGUGGCCAACAAAAACAAUGACUCCGCGGUGGAACAGGUGUUUAAUAGCAAGGUCAGGCGCUUGAUUAAGAGUGAUAUGAUAGCUGUUCUCCGGGAACUUCUCCGACAGAAUCAAUGCCUCUUAGCUCUUAAGGUUUUUGAGGAAGUUCAGAAGGAGAUAUCCUAUAGGCCGCAGAUCAAACUGUAUGCUGAAAUUGUGUCCUGUUUGGGAAGCAAUGGAAUGCUUGAAGAUGUCAACUGUCUUAUCAUGGCAUUGAAAAUGGAAAGUAGUUUAGAACCUAACGUUGAGAGCUUUUACUCAUUGUUGGAAAGCUUAAUGAAAUUUAAUCUUACGAGGCUUGCACUGGAGGUCUUUUACUUGAUGAAGUUGAGAGGAUGUGAUCCUGAUAAGUUGACCUUUAAACUAUUGAUAAAUGGUUUGGAAUCAAAUGAAGAAAUGAAUCUUUCAGCUUUUGUAAGGCAGGAAGCAGAGAAGUAUUAUGGCCAGUCCCUAGAUUUCCUACAUGAGACCGAAGAGGAGGUGCCAAGAUUAAAGCAAACUGAUGUGACUGUUUCAUCCUUAAUCAGAGAUCUCGAGUUCGAGCCUUGGUAUGGAGAAAAAUCUUAUUGGGAGCGCCACUCUUGAAUGGGCCUUGCAAUGCGCGAUCCGAAUUUAGUUGCGGCUCCAAUGCAGGUUGCAGACAUCGGGUAGAAAACUAAAAAAAAAAGUAUCUUUGAAUACUUAUGUAUUAAUCAGAUUCCCCUAUUACCUAUUAACAUUCUUAGAGCAUUUUUCUCAUAGUUGCAGAAAAUAGUGUUUCACAAUAACUUGUUUUAUGGUAAAUGCAUUUUGAAUACAAUAUCAACUUAAAGCGUGAUUCUAUUAUGUGAAAAGGUCCAA